AUGGCCAACCGCAAGUGGAGGGAAUAUGUGACGGCUCUCAGUGCUACUUUGAUCACGGCGGCGGCUGGCACAACCGUGGGUUGGACAUCACCAACUCUACCCAUCCUGCUAGCCCCAGACUCACCCAUAGCGACGUCACCAGAUCAGAGCUCAUGGAUCGCCUCGAUUAUGAUAUUAUGUUCAGCCGCGAGCCCUAUUCCUGCGGCGUACCUCGCAGACAGGAUCGGAACCAAGAAGACGUUACUCCUGGCUUCGGUUCCUUACAUCAUUGGGUGGAUACUGGUGAUGUUUGCAGGCAAUGUACCCACGAUAUACGCCUCCCGUCUCAUCUCAGGCCUCGGGUACGGCAUAGCCUACACCACCGCGCCUAUGUACCUUGGCGAAAUCGCCUCCGAUGACGUCAGAGGCGCCAUGGCAACACUCAUCACUGUCAUGUCGAAGUUCGGUAUCCUGUCUCAGUAUUGCAUCGGACCGUACGUGUCCAUGUUGGGUCUGGCCAGCUUCAACAUCGCUAUCCCGAUCCUAUUCGUGGUGACCUUCAGCACUAUGCCAGAGUCACCGUACUACUACAUCAAACAUGGUCAGAAGCAAGAAGCAGAAGCCUCACUCAAGAAGCUCAGAGGUCGCAGCUACGUCAGAGAAGAAUUAGAAAGUAUGAACAAUCUUGUCUCAGAGAACAUGAAAGAGAAGGGUCGAUGGAAAGACCUGUUCUAUGUAGGAGGGAACAGGAAAGGCCUCAUCAUUCUGAUGGGCAUAUACUUCACGCAACAAUUCUGCGGCAGCACUGCGAUCAUAUCAUACGCACAGCAGAUAUUUGGAGCAGCUGAGGGAGGCUUGGGAGCUGAAGAAUCCUGCAUAUUGUUUGGAACUGUUCAACUCCUGACAUCAGCCAUGUCGUCGCAACUGGUGGACAGGCUGGGAAGGAAACCUCUUCUAUUAAUUUCGUCGUGUGGCGUUGGACUAGCCAACGUCAUCAUCGGAGCGUACUUCUUCAUGAAACACCAGAACAGCGAGUACCUCGUCAGUAUAAAGUUCAUUCCUAUCGUUGUGAUACCCAUAUUUAUAUUCUCGUACACUAUAGGUUUAGCCACGGUGCCCUUCGCUAUCACUUCGGAAAUAUUCCCCACAAACAUUAAAUCAAAGGCGACUUGUGUUAUCCAGAUAUUUGCGGCGUUAAUGACGUUCGCGGUAACGAAGUUGUAUCAAGUGGUGGCGGAUAAUUUAGGGAACUAUGUCGCCUUCUGGGGGUUCGGGGCGUUGUCAGUGCUCGGUGUUAUAUUUAUAUUGUUGCAGCUGCCUGAAACUAAAGGACAGUCGUUUGCGGCGAUACAGGAGAGGCUGUAUUCUCCAAAUAAAGUAGUGUAUGAAAAAGAUGAGGACCACAUGGCCAGAGUUAAGAUUACCUUGUGA